AAGAAAAUUAGAUCUAACCUCACGCUGUAUUCAAACGUUGUCUUAUUUAUUUAGAUAAUUUUUGCGAUAAGUGAACCAAUUUUCCAGUUUAUUGCAUGUUCUCCACAAAGUAAAAAUAUCAUUGUACUGUUUGGUGUUGAAGUUCCUUGCCGGCUGAAGACGUUUGGUGGUGCAUUAGAUAUGCGAAAAAAAUUGUGUUUUGUGCGUGCAGUCGAUGCGGAAAAAAUUGUAUUUUAAUGUCCACCUAUCAAUAAAUGGAAAACGAGCAUAUAAAUUCACCAGCAUCAGCUGCAAGAGAAGCAUCAGUGGAUUAAAAUUUCAAACCUGAUAAGAGGUUUUCAAUAUUGUGGACUGUGUGUAGAAGGCACAAUAUUCGGAAGGUUACUUUCGAUUGAUAACACGUUCUCGCACAUAAUCCGAGUAAUAUAGAAGGAGGUGGGUGCGGUGUUGAUGGCGAGAAACUCCAUUCGUAGAUUAUAUUAUUUUAUACUUUGAUAGCGAGGAAAAAAAGAAGAACGCGACUGGAAGUAAACCCAAAAGGAAGUCGUUCGAAUUCGGUCUGCCGGGACUUGUUAGGUAAUGUGCAACAUGAUUGAAACGACAGAUAAGAGCAAUGACAAUAUUAUCGAAGAGGAGGAUGAUUCGAAGCUGCCGAUCAGUUUCAUCUACGCCCGCCAUUUGAGUAAAAUAGAAGGAAUCAAUUGUACGACGCAAAGCUGGCGAGUAAAGGAGCGCAUGAAAACCGUCAGUGUUGCACUGGUCCUGUGUCUCAAUGUUGGUGUGGAUCCUCCGGACGUAGUUAAAAUACAGCCCUGUUCCAGGCUGGAAUGUUGGAUCGAUCCUUCGUCGGUGUCGCCGCAAAAAGCAAUGGAACUGAUUGGCAACAAUUUACAAAAACAAUAUGAACGGUGGCAACCGCGAGCACGCUACAAGCAUUCACUAGAUCCGACGGUAGAUGACGUAAAAAAGCUAUGCACUUCUCUGCGGAGAAACUCAAAAGAGGAACGGGUACUGUUCCACUAUAAUGGCCAUGGAGUUCCACGGCCAACGGUGAAUGGCGAAAUUUGGGUCUUUAACCGAACGUACACCCAGUACAUCCCGCUGUCAAUAUACGACCUGCAGACAUGGAUGGGAGCCCCGUCGAUCUACGUUUACGACUGCUCAAAUGCCGGGAUUAUUGUGAAUAGUUUCAAUACUUUUGCAGAGCAGCACGAGAAAGAGCUGGAACAAAUGCGUGGCGGCAGCGGGAGCACUGCUGGUCAAUGCGAUCCGGAUGCCAGUAAGAAUUCUGCUUCGCCCACGAUAGUGGGUCCAACUACUUACAAAAACUGUAUCCAAUUAGCAGCUUGCGCUGCAAAUCAGAUUUUACCUAUGAAUCCACAACUCCCGGCGGAUCUUUUUACAUCAUGCUUAACAACUCCAAUACGAAUAGCCCUCAAGUGGUUCGUUUUGCAGUCUACGUCAAAAUUAGUUCCACACGUAACAGAAGAUUUAAUUGAUCGAAUACCGGGACAACUCAACGAUCGAAGAACAAUGCUCGGUGAGCUGAAUUGGAUAUUUACGGCUAUUACGGAUACUAUAGCAUGGAACACGUUACCCCGAGAGUUGUUCCAGAAAUUAUUUCGUCAAGACUUGCUUGUGGCAAGUCUGUUUAGGAAUUUUCUACUAGCAGAAAGAAUUCUUCGCUCAUAUGACUGUACGCCAAUUUCUAGUCCUCCGCUGCCUCAAAGCUAUCGUCAUCCCAUAUGGUCUGCAUGGGACCUGGCCCUAGACUUAGCACUAUCCCAACUGCCGGAUAUCCUGGAAAAAGGAAAACGCUUCAAGCAUUCGCCGUUUUUCGAAGAACAGCUGACCGCUUUCCAGGUCUGGCUUGAGGGCAGUUCCCAGCAACGAAACCAACCUGAACAGCUACCAAUUGUGCUACAAGUGCUCCUAUCACAAGUUCAUCGAUUGCGUGCCUUGGAAUUGCUGGGACACUUCUUAGAUUUGGGUCCGGAAGAAGUAAACUUAGCCCUCAGUGUCGGAAUCUUUCCAUACGUAUUGAAACUAUUGCAAAGUUUAGCGAAAGAGCUGCGUCCGUUUUUGGUGUUUAUUUGGGCCAAAAUCCUAGCUGUGGACGGUACCUGUCAAAUCGAUCUGAUACGAGACCAGGGUCACAAAUAUUUCUUAGCUGCACUACAAGACACCAGCCCAUGUCCGGGCUUCAAAGGUAAUCACCGAGUAUAUGCAGCUUUUGUCUUAGCAAGUAUAGUUCACAAUUUUCCCAUUGGCCAAGCGAAUGCUUUGCAGGGCCAGCUGGUGUCGAUUUGUCUGGACCAGUUGAAUGAUGAAAAUUUCGUACUGAGACAAUGGUUAGCAAUUUGCUUAGGUCAUCUCUGGCAGAACUACGAACAAGCUAGAUGGUCCGGUGUCAGAGACAAUGCAAAUGAAAAGCUUUAUCCCCUGCUAAGCGAUCCAAUACCGGAAGUUCGGGCCGCGGCGGUUUAUGCUCUUGGAACGUUCAUAAGCUCCGUGCAGAAAAGAUCGGAUCACGCGAAUAACAUAGAUCGAUCAACGGCGAUGCACCUCUUCAAUACGGUUUGCAACGAUAUGAGUCCACUUGUUCGGAUGGAGCUGAUAGCCUCCCUCCAAUGGAUGGUACGAUUUUUCGAGAGUCAAUUUGUCGCCGUUUUCCUCCAGGAUUCAACUCAAUUCAAUCAUCCUUACCACAGUUUAGGGAGGAACAUCAACAUAAAACGUGUUUCCAGCUCUAGUAAUAUAAUCAAUGCCGGCAAAAAUGCCGUUAGCGUCGGAUCUAUUUAUCAAAAGCUUUGGAGUGGAUUAAACGCAUUGGCGAAGGACCCUUUCCCUGCAGUGGCUGCAAUGGCACAAACAGUCGUUGAAUAUGUUGGAAAACAAGGCUACGAGCUUGCUAAAGAAGCUACAACAUCGGAGAAGUGCGUUGGAAGUAUGAGUCUACCACCGUCUCCAAACACCAGAAUAAACUAUUUGGGUGGAGAAUCUCCUCCUCUACACGGACAUUUAAACCAGUCCACUCACCACACACCACUUCCAAGCAAGAAAAGGAUCCAUCUCAACGACAGUUCAGAACUGUCCACCUCUCAACUUCAGCUACAGACCACGGCAACACCAAACCACACAUCCCAGCAGCAAUCAAGCGAUCAGAUGCCACCUCAAACACAAACCCCUCCAGUGCAACCCCAGUCUCAACCGCAACAACAGCAAAAUGUAACACCGAUCGUCACCACAAACUACAUUGAAUGGUCGGUCAGUUUCUUCGCGCGGCCAUCAAAGUUCCUGAACGAAGGCAAACUCACCGCUAAAGAUCAGAAUUCGACCGAAUUUCUCGACCGGCAGUCAAGAUGUUUGCGGAAUCGAAUCGUUAGGGAAGAGGGCCGCGAACAACAGAGGAGAGCCGUUUUUGGACGACUGGACACGCAGAGCUGGUCCUGCCGAACGCAGCAUACUCCUACCCUGGUCAAACUCAAUCCCUACGACGAUCAGAUUGCGGUGGCUUACAAAGAUCGCGUUAUCCUCCAAGAUUGGAGCAACGAUAUAACGAGCUCGUUCAUUCCGUUCAAGCUGCAACGGUCGCAGCAGCAUCAGUCAAUCUUUCUAGAUCAGAAUCGGUUUCAGAUGAGCCCUCCACCGGUGUCGGUGUCUUCGUUGGAUUUUAUCAACGCACACGACGUCGGCCUAGUGCUAGUCGGCUAUAGUGACAGUGUAAUCCGCGUGUGGAGACCAGCGGAUGCGAACCGUGAAUCGGCCCUGGUGACUGCUUGGCAUGGUCUGUUCGAUUUCAAUUCGCCUGCCACGGCCAAGGUGGGCACGAGCGAGUUAGGUCUGGUGAUGGCGUGGCACCAGAAGACUCAGACUAUCAUGGCUGCAGGUGAAGCGAAGUACAUUCGUCUGUGGGAUGCAGAACGUGAAUCCAGAAUUUGUGAUAUCCCGAGUGGGUCGGAUACGGCGAUCAUAAAACUGUCGUGUGCACCGAAUGGAAUGUUCGCGGCUGGUUGCAAUGAUGGUAGCGUUCGAUUAUUUGAUCGACGGUGUACACCGGCGGAAGCACGGAUUGCCACAUUCCGGGAACAUUUGAAUCCAAUUCUGACAGUUUGUUUACGGGACGAUUGUGAAAGUCUGGUGUCGGCAUGUACCACCUCCACGGUUCGGUUGUACGAUAUUCGAAAAACGUCUUCAUCGGUGCAGCACUGGAAUGCAGGAUCGGAUGUUUCAGCAAUGAGCAUUCAUUCGAGUGCUGACAUUGUGGCAUGUGCCACGACCAUCAUUACCGUCUACGGUUUGGAUGGUACCAAUCUGAACACCAUCCGGUGCAAUGAAGGAUUCAUGGGGACGAAGAAAGGGGUGACGUCCUGCCUGUCGUUCCAUAAGCAUAAGAUAAGCUUAGCGGCAGGAUUUAACGAUAACACAGCAGCUGUGUUUGUUACAGAUAGAAAGUGAACAAGGGAAAGCUUCUGUGUAUGGUGAUUUGCUUGGCAAAGUGAAAGAAUCCCACUGCAACAAAUACUGGUAGCUUCGCAAUCAAUAGUCAACGCUUCUUAAAAGUUACGAUAAAUACGAAACAAA